UAAAGACGCGGCGCAAAAGUUUCCAACAAAUGACAUCGGAAAGUUUUCUACUGAUGAUCAACGAUCGUUCGUCUUAUAUAUUUUUCGCGAAAAGAUGGUAAAAGAUUCCUCCCUUCUUCGAGGGAGGGAUUGAAAUCUUGAUUCAAAGGGUAGUUCGAUCGCGAUUAAUUUAUUACGCUUUCUAAGUUUUUUCUUUGUUUUAUCGGCCUCGUUUCGACGAAAGUAUUUGAAAUAACGAACCUUUCAAGGUUUCUGAAACAUCAAGAACAAUAUUGACAUUUUGGCACAAACAUUUCGUUCGCCAUAUUGCCACACUUUAACCGUGUAAGGUCGAUCGUUCACGUCGGAACCAUUCAAUCGGUUACCUUCUCCGGAAAUAGAUCGACCGGAACUCGCCGCCUCGAGGAAGAUUGCGAGAUUCUUCGACACGACUAGUCGAUGCGCUUCCAGCUGCAGUAGCAUCGAUCGUUGCAAAUUGGAUUGCCGUUAAGACUCGAGCGACGGAGACCACCUUGGAGUUGAGCAGACUUGUUCAUUGUCGACGGUAUCAGGGCGAAAUUUCUAGAGAGAAUUUCGGAGUUCAGAGCAUUUGCGACUUAAUUUGCCACUGGAGAAGCGCACGUCUAACACCUGGGAUGUGCCAUAAACGAGCGUGACUGAGAAGAAGAAGGGAACUGCACGUGUUCACGGAUGAGACUUGUUAGUAGAACUUGUAACGAGAGUCAGUGAUCUUAACAAGAAGGAGGAUGCAACCACGGGUGACAGUGGUUCUGGCCACGGUCUGGCUGACGGUGGCGGUUCUGGUAGGAGGAGCAGUCACCCUCCGCCUCUCUCACGAUCAAUACUCCCCCGUGUCUCCACGCCGACACACUAGGGUUCAACGGGACCGUACUGGAGUCUGGAGGGAUCACGAUCCAGCCGAGGAUCAACAUCUCGAUCUUUGGAUCGGCUCGCGAAGGUCGAUCUCUACGGAGGAAUCAGGAGCUCUAUCUCGCAAUGUCAAAUAUACCGAGCGAGAUUUUCAGCUUGAAAGUCUCUUGAAGGACAUCGUCUCGUCAAAGCGAAUGUACCCCUUUUCAAGCUGGCAGAGGCGGUUGCCGAAUAUCGCUGGCGCGGAAUUCGCGUCCGACAAAGUCGAUUACGGCUACGAGAUGCCGGAAACGCUUUCGCGCGAAGCGAAGGUAUCCUCUUCAGACCUUUUAGACGAUCCCUUUGUGGCAGACGACACGUUCCAGGAUCAAGGCCCAGGAUCGAUGGAAAUAUACAAACUAGACCUAUCUAAAGAGAAGACUCUACUGACCGCAACCACGCCCUCCACAAAUUUACUGUCGAGAAAUAAGAGCAAAGCUCUGAAAAAAACGGGCCAUUUGAAUUCAAAAACAAAGACAAUAGAAAUCAAGUCGACAACAAGUGCGAACAUUAAUCACAGACAACCAAAUUUUUUUGAAGAACAACGAACCGAGACUCCUUUGAUCAACAAAGACGCCUUCGAUGUUGGUUUCGUGCCGGAGCUACAGGUUGGAUGCGAAGGUCUCGAAGCGUCGUUGUCGUCCCACAAGACGAAAAGAUCGAUAGAUACGCCCGACAAGGAGAAGGGCGAGGUGCCAGCUCCGUCUGUGUUGCUAAACGUGUCGCCGGUAUCCUUGGAUCUCGACGACGUUCUAUCAUACGAUGAAGAAGAAUAUGAGGAAAUGGAUGAGCUUCUUAAACUCAAGAGACUGGAGACUACCACGAAAAGAAACAAGCCAAAUAGGGGAGAUAUGGAUGCCAGCCAUCUUAAUUCUGACCAUCUGGAUGAGUUUAGGCGAUCAGAGAAGUUACCAGAACGAGGAGAUUUGGGUGGAUCCAUCCCAAUAAAUUCUAGUGAAUUAAUAACUAGCCAGAAAACCAAGCGAUCUCUAACAGAUCUCGAAAUUAAGAACUACGAGGAAGCCAAAUCAAAGCGAGAAACCGUUUCAUUGGAUGGUGCCAGCAGGAGUCAUGGUCGGCAGUUGCUGUGGUUUGCCGAAGCAAAUACUGAGGGAUUUGCGGACGGUAGAAGCGAACGGAAGCGCACGAGACGGUCGAUCGAUUGGGGCUUCGGUGAGGAUGAAGGUGUCGUGUCCAGCAACGAGUUGCAGACCGUGAAUGAACGUCGCAGGCAGCACGAGAUGCGAUACCAUCAAGACACAUCUAGAAGACGUGACCGGCAUCAUGGAUUAAAUACUGACAUUGAUAAUGUUACACAAGAGUACGAGAAAUUACUUGAGCAAAAACGAAGAGAAGAAGAAUAUUUGCGACGAAUGCAACAGGCUAAUCAAAGAUUGCCGAAUAAACGGGAGGAGGAAGAGAAAAAGAAAAGAGACGAGUUACGAAGAAGACAAUACGAAGAGUAUCGUAAAAGGAUGGAUGUUACAACACAUCGUAUGGAUAACGAAGAUAUGCGACGGCAGAUAGAAGAAAGACGAAAGCAAGAAGCAGCGCAAAUGCAGGAGAUAGUCAGAAGAAACGAGGAAGAGCUAAGAAGACGAGAGGAAGAAAAACGAAGAUUACAAGAAGAAGAAAUUAAAAGAAAACCACAGAGCAAAUGGCAAGAGGAAAAUUUAAAAAAAUCGGACUCUAAAACUUCUGUAAGAGAUGAUGAAAGGAAACAAAGACUUUAUGAUGAAGAAAUAAAGAGACGAGAGGAAGAACGGCGAAGACGAUUAGAAGAAGAAGAAAAAGAAGCAAGGAGACAGGAGCAAUACAGAUCGCAACAAGAAGCUCAAAGAAAAAGAGAAGAAGAGACGAGACGUCAAGAUUCAAUGAGAAAUCUUUCCGAAAAUGAUAGAAGAAGACUAGAAGACCGUCGCAGAGAAUGGUCAGAGAAGAAGAGGCAAGAGGAUGAAGAUGAGAGAAGACGACAGCAAUCAUCGAAUUUAAUGCACGCGGAACAUUCAGUCAGUCAUCCGAACGAUAUCAGACAGCGCGAUCGAGACGAGAAAAGACGACAGCAAGAAGAAAGGCAGCGAGAACAGAAAUUGCGAGAAUAUAUCACACGUCGACACUAUAGACCCGAAGAGCACCGAGAUCUGCGGAUGAAUGUAAGUGGAAACGACGAAGAGUACCAUCGACGACUGGAGGAGCAGCGUAAAAGACAGGAGGAAGAGAGAAAACUACAGGAUUACAUCAGGAGGAACCAACCAGUGAAUGUGCCAUCGAGAGAUAAUCAAUCGACCAUAGCCGGUCGUAACUGGUUCGAGGAGCGAAGACUGAUCGAGGAAGCCAGGCGUCGCGACAGAUAUCCCGAUCCAGGAGUGAGGAGAGACCACGGACCGUCGGCGCCUACGUAUAUCGAUCCGCAAAGCUCACCAGAGGAAGUCAGACGAAGGCAGCAAGAGAGGAGAAGGUUGGAGGAGGAGGAAAGGCGGCAGAGGUACGAGGUGGAAGAGCGACGGAAGGAAUUCGCCAGGCGAAAGUGGGAGGAGGAAGAAGAGAGACGGUUACACCAGCAACGGAUGCGAGAGGAGGCGGCCAGGCGAGAAGAGGAAGCGAGGAGAGAGCAAUCUAGAAGGUACGAGGAGAACAGGAAGCAGAUGGAGGUAGCGAGGAUACAGGCCGAGAGAAGGAGGCAGGAGAUGUUGAAGCAACGAUCCAGGAACGAAAUUGGUAGGAUGAAACAACCAGAAACCAGGCCGAUCUACCACCAGGAUCCUCGUCAUUUCGUAGAGCACAGAAGACGACAGGAUAGCCGGCCCAUUCCGAGUAAUUUGAUGCGAGCCGAAGAAGCCAGGCGAGCGGCGGCAGAGCGCGAAAGGCAAAGAUUGGAAGCCGAGAGACGACAACAGGAAGAGAGCAGAAUGAGAGAGCACAGACAGAAGGAGACUGAUCAGUGGAGACGACAAGAACUAGCCAGACUAAACUCUCUGCCGGUGAGCGCAAGAAUAAUAGUCCGUCCUGGUGACUCCUCGCCGACGUCGCCCAUCUCGCCAUCAGUGAUAUCAAGGGACGGUUUCAACAACGAGAUCGAUUUUACAGGAAUCAAUCCGCAUCGCCAAGGUGUACAAGUGGCACAAUUUCCUGUCCCCCCGACUCCGAGACCACCUGCCCAAAGUCCUGCCCCAUGUGUUUGGGCAGUUGUUCACUGUUGUUCAUCCAAUAACAAUCGUCUCGUAAAGUGUUUCGAAUCAUUGGGCUGCCCCGGGAUUAAUUGGGAUCCUAACCCGUGUAGAGGGCCUAUCGCGAACGCUGCCAGAGCAGAAGUCCUGAAGUUCUAUGCCAAUUCGUAAAACUAAUAACAUCAAUAAGAUUCAGCCUUUACUUUUGGAGAGACGAUAUCAACUAGACAGGAAAAAAGAGGGAAAGACUCUCUUCAACACCUAUAGAAAUAUCUCUCUUUCUCUUUCUCUCUCACACACACACACACACGCGAAAAGUUUCAAGUUACUGUACUUCAAAUCAAUUUGUGCAUGUGUGACUUCUACUGGAUCUAUACAAAUAUUUGUGUCACUGGAUAGAAGAGCUCAGUAAGUUGACUUAGAUAUUUGCGGAACGAAAGACCUUGAUAUAUAUUUUUACUUGUUACAAUAUU